AUGGCUCUCCUGCUCGAAUACUUCUCCUCCAUCCCCUUGAUCACACUGAUAAUUACAACACUAAUCAUCCUGGGAGCGACAUCAAUAGUACUAAUCCAAAACCUCAGACCAGGACGACGUCGUUUCGUGGGGAAAUUAGUACCACCAGGCCCACGGAAGCUGCCGGUGAUUGGAAACCUCCACCAGCUGAUCUGCGAGCUACCCCACCGCCGGCUGCGGGAUCUGGCCCAAAAGCACGGCCCGCACAUCAUGGGCCUCCAGCUCGGGGAGCUGUCCUACAUCGUGAUCUCAAGCCCAGAGGCCGCCGGGGAAGUGAUGAAAGCCCACGACCUGAAUUUCGCGACACGCCCCUGGCUCCUGGUCUCCGACGUCGUAUUCUACGGCGCCAAGGACAUGGCAUUGGCGCCUUACGGCGCCUACUGGCGGCAGAUACGCAAGAUCUGCGUGGUCGAGCUCCUGAGCUCCAAGAGAGUCCUCUCUCUCCGCCCCGUCAGGGAAUCCGAAUUAGCCUCCAAGCUCACCGCCGCCAUCAGCGCGGCCGCCGCCGAGGCCGGCGGCGUGGGCGUCGACAUCGGCAAGCUCGUGGGCUCGUCGACGUGCAGCUUUACUUUCAGGGCGGCGUUUGGGAUGGCGGCGGAGGAGAUAACGGUGAAUAACAGGGAAGCGAUGUUCGCGGAGCUUAUUUCGGGGGUUUCGGAUGCUGUGGGCGGUUUCAGAGUAUCAGAUCUGUUCCCUUCUCUUAAAUUCCUUCCAGCGUUGACCGGGUAUCGAUCACGCCUUGUGAAGUUGCAUCUAGCCGCUGAUGGGAUGCUUGAGGAUAUCAUCAACGAACACAAAUCUCGACGUCGAAUUAGUGGUACCGGUAGCGAUGUUGCAGCGGAUCACAGCCCAAACAAGUAUUCGCAGGAUCUGGUGGAUAUUCUUCUUAAUCUUCAGGAGGGUGGAGGAACUGAAUUGGAUUUCCCGUUGACCACGGAAGCAAUCAAAGCAGUCCUUUUGGAUAUGUUUUUGGCUGGAACCGAAACGAGCUCAACGACAGUACAAUGGACUAUGUCCGAAUUGAUGAGAAAUCCGAGUGUGAUGCAAAGAGCACAAGAAGAGGUUAGACAUACGUUUGGUAAUAAAGGAAAUGUAGAUGAGGAGGAUCUUCCUGAUCUAACUUAUUUGGACAUGGUUAUUCAAGAGAGUUUAAGGUUGCACCCUGCGUUUGCUUUACUUCUUCCAAGAGAAGCUCGAGAAAGGGUGGAGAUUCUUGGCUAUGAGAUUCCUUCCGGAACCAAAGUCAUCAUCAAUGCUUGGGCUAUCGGGCGAGAUCCUCGUUACUGGAAAGAAUGCGAUAAAUUCAUUCCGGAAAGGGGAGAAGCUCUGGUGGCGCCGACGGGGGACGAUGAGGCCGCCGAUGGGGAAGGGAUGAGAUGGAAGAAGAAGGAGAGCUCGAGGAGGAAAGUGAAAAAAUGA